AUGUCACAACACUAUCACUCAGUGUCAAGUCAAGUUUUCGACGACAAUAGCAAUUCAGAAUCCCUCCCAUUACGUCCAAUUCAUCGACGAGAGGCGAGUGACGCGGAAUAUCUCUCGCUAGACGGUCAGCGGGUUUCAGAAUCGUUGAACUCCCCAAGAGACGCUCAUUCACGGCAUGAGACACGGCUCCAUCGAGUCGCAAGGGGAGAACCGCAGUACCUCUCCCUUCAGAAUGCCGAAUUUGUUGAUGAGCCCUCUCCUCACUCGCCGGAACUACCUCCAGGCACCAAAACCCCGGCCACAAGGCCAUCAUGGAAGCCAUACCCUCUGCAGUGGCCUUUCCUCCUAACCACACUUUCAAUUGCAUUGCUGCUGGGCCUUGUGGUUAUAUUUCUGUUGGCUUACUCUGCUACCCACCACGGCCUUGGAAGAGAUGACGGCUCCUCCAGUGUGCUCUUUGGCUGGCGUUUCACCCCGACCUUGAUAACAGUUCUUUAUUCCAUUCUUACGGCAAUGAUAUACAGCGACACCUUGAGAACAGAAUCUUUCUCGCAAAUGUCACACCAAUCGGGCGCCGACUCCGCUUCCAGCAUCUUGAGAAGUAAGGAGCAGUGGUGGACAGUGCUUUGGAGCAGUCUUAGGCGUCGUCACAACCAUGGGCAACUGAAUUUUUAUCUACUGGCGGUCACGCUAGCCGAUAUUAUAGGGUUUCUCCUGAUCAACCCUCUAUCCUCGGCUCUCUUGCAAAGCCAAUCCAUUGACCUUGAGUCGCAGAUUUCAUUUUCUCGUUACCGGGUAGACGAAACCGAGCCCCUUCGCAUGGAGUCGGACGAUCUAGUCUAUUUCCGAACCGUCGGAAACAUACUUCAGAAUCUCACAACAUCGGCGUGGCUCACAGAAAAAUAUGCAGUUGUCCCGUUCUGGCGGCCACCAGGUCCAUCAAUGUCGGAUACCACGCUUACAGGCCUGAAUCAACAAUGGCAGGUUAACUCGUCAGUGUUCUCUGUCACCCUUGAGUGUGAAGCAAUGUCUACCAAUACCACGGAGGCCAAUGAUGGCGCCUUGAUCCUGUCAGACCGUACAGGGUGUGAGACUGCGAUUGGCGUGUGUGGUGAAUCGAUUAAUUCCCUCGGUGGAGGCUCUUGGUUUACGCCGCCGGAUUUUGUAACACCCAUUUGGUGGGAAGAUGACUAUCCGAAGUCAUGCUAUAAUAGCACUGCCGAAUGCGCUGACAGGCAAGUUAUUCUAAUAACCAACAGUACCUGGGAGUUCAAUACAUCAUAUACUACUAGCAAAUGGUUCCGUGCAUCCGCGUGGUCAUGUGGCACAACGUUCUACCGUGCGGAUAUCCCUGUAUCGAUUUCGACGGGUCCAGCUGGGUCUGUACUGGGCGUUGAUGACGCCACAUUCAUCGCCCAUCGAAGGCUUGUUGAGCCAACAGUCCUCAAUACGACUCGGUUCGACAAUGCAUUCUUGAAUCGAAAUUGGACGAGUAUGAUAUACCCAUCCUACCCCAGCUCAACCCCCCAGUGGGGAGGUGUUUCUGUUCUUCUAGCUGCUCUUUAUGACUUUGCUCCGUUGAGCAUGUUCGGGAAAGAAUCUGUGGUGAACCGGGCUCAGAAGAUCAAACAACGAUUCCUGGGUGAGAUGAUGUUGAACACUGUCGCAAGGAACUCGCCGACCCAGCAAGCUGGAACGGUCACUGUCACUGAGCGCCGAGUCCUGGUGAACCUGCCAAUCGCCAUCUCCUUGGCCGUGUUGUUUAUACUAUCUGCUGCCUUGAUCGCUUUUGCCCUCUGGGAAUCAGGUCGUCGCCACUUGAAUCUGUUCCACGACCCUGCCUCGAUUGCUGCUUUGAUUCAGCUCACCGAGGACGACAAACCACUUCGAGAUUACCUUAAAGCCAAACAGCCUGGUUCGAGCCGCCAGGAUGACGCCAAUUUACGCUCUAUGAGACAUUUCCUGCAAGACGGUGCAAUGUCGACCGUUUUGAAUAAUGUGAACAAUGAAGAAAAUGUUGUCACUAAAUCACCAGUGAAGAGAGACGAGAAUCUCCCGUUCCCUCUGCGGCUUUACGCCGGGCUCCUUCUGCUGCUAUUCCUCGCCCUUGUCUUUGCAGCUAUAUUGACCCUGUUCACCCUCGCCCAGACUGUUGGGCUGUACGAGUCGGCCUUCACAUAUGAGACGGAUCUGGUGCCCUCGGAUUCGUCACUCUUUACUUUCGCACCGUAUUCAAUCGUGCCUACAUUGCUGGCCGUCAUCAUCGGCCUGUGGUGGGAUGGACUGGACGACACAUUUCGCAGACUACAACCUUUUGUCACGAUGAGCCGCAAAGCUCUACCAGUGUCACCUAUAAUCGGCUUGUCUUACAUGCCGACAUACUCGGUCGUCUCUGUAAUCAAGGCGCUGAGGAACAGGCAUGAGUAUGUGGCUCUUGUGUCGACGGCCGCGAUCCUUGUUCAAGUACUCACAGUGUCCAUGUCGGCGCUUUGGCAGCGGGCCGAUGGCUCUCGACCCGGCGAUCUCACACUCGCACGCGACUUCGAGCCCAGAACUCAACCGUUUGUGUAUACGUUUGCCGGCACCACUGCCAUGGGCGCGGGAGAUAUAAACGGGCAAGAAAUCAUUUCGAGUUUCUAUGGAAACCUCUCGACGAAUUGGCUCUACUCUGCUGCUCUGCAACUGGCGUACAACGGAUCGGAACCGCCGUGGAGUAGCGACGGAUGGAGCUUUGUGCCGGUCAACUUGUCAUCCAUAUCUGACUCGAGCGUGUACAAGACCACGCCGUCUGCGAAUGACAGAGAUGACACGAGCGCCGCGGCUUCUACAACGACAAAAGCCGUCAACGUCACCGUCACGACCCCUGCACUGAGGGGUGUUCUGGACUGUAGCACUGUCACGCAGUCCAGUAACCUGUCGGGUUGGACGACGCAGUGGGAUCUGACGGACGGCAUGAUCUGGAAUGUGUCCAGGAACCCGACGGUGUUACAACGCGGCUACGAGGUCAAUUCUGGAUUCAAUCUGGCACCCAAGAUCGACGAUUCUACGACACCCAUUCUGUCUCAAUAUCGGACCCUUUUGUGUUGUAGGAACCUGUCCAGCCCCGACGGUGACAGCGGCGCAUCGGCGCUCGGGUACUGGUCCAACAACUACGAGGGGACCUUGGCUUAUGACUUCGACAGCUCGUACGUCACGUACCCCCGCAACUUCACCAUGAAAUGGAUCCGCGGCACCACGGCUCGAAACUGGUACCUGAUGAACGAGACGUACAGUGGCUACUACACAGGCGAAUACGACGACUUCCGACACCUCAUAUGGACACGGGAACCUCAAAUAUCGGCGCUCAACUGCCGGCCUCGAGUCGAGUGGUCCAACGCCAGCGUCACCGUGGACAGGGGCACGGGUCGUGUGUACAAGUACAAGAUCGUGGACGCUGUCCAGGAUCUACCCCAGGCGUUCAGCGACGCGUAUCUCGAGCACGAUUACGUCGCGCCCGGCGACAACGCCACGGACGGUGUGUUCCACAAUCAGUACACCGUCAGUUUCGGCGUGUUGUUCCAGGACGCGAUGUUGUUUGCGUCUGACUUGCAGAAGUUCUGGCCUUCCGGAGGUAGCAGCGAGAGUUCCGUCGAGGACCUGGACGACAAGAACUUCAAUAUCCGGAUCGAGGGAAAAGGCCUCAACGCCGACCUCAUGUCGUUCGCCAUGUACCAGCUUGCCAGCGGCAAUGUUGACGCGCUGAUGGACCUCGGACGCAUGGAACAGCUGGGCCAGAAAGUCUUCACGACCUUCUUCCAGCACUUUGUCUCGGCGAACGUCUCGGCAGAAGGGGGCGGCUGGGGUUUCCAGAAAAUCGGCGCCACGCUGCCUGCGAUCCUCGCGCCCCUCGCGAACGGGACCCAGCCAGACACGAACUCGAGUUUGACAGCCGCCGCCGACACGCAAGUGCGCGUGCACGUCGAGAUCGCCGUCGAGGUUCUCCAGAUGAGUCCCGUCGCCGUAUACUUGUCGCUGAGCAUUUUGUUCGUGUUGAUCGUCGUGACGUUGUUCGUGUAUACUUUUGGGUACGCGCUGUUCAGAAACCUCCGGUCCAGGUUCGAAAAUCUGGCCGGCGUGGUCAGUGUGGUUGCCGACAGUGAGAGGUUGAGAAGGUGGGUGAGAGAUCAUCCGAAUCCAGAGACGUGGGGGAGAGAAAGAACAAGAUCAGGCCACGAGGCACCGCUUGUAAAGUUGGGCACGUUCGUUGGGAGUGACGGGAACGAGAGGUGGGGGAUAGAAAUCGUGACUGACGGUGAAGAGAAGAAUUGGCCGGUCACAUCAGACGCGGAGUCGGUAGCAAACGGGGGCUGGCGAGGAGUCAGUAGUGGAGGGAGGCCAUAG